UCCGCGCCGCGUGCGACGCAACUGUGGAGGACACCGAACAUGAGACACCUUGGAGGCUUAUUUCUUCUGCUAGCGCCACUAUCUUGGUGUUAUAUUUGGGGUGCUGAGGCUCAGUCUCUGCGCGCCUGCCACCAGCAGCGUGGGUUCAGGUGCAGUGAUGGCUCGUGCAUCCAGAGACUGAGAGUGUGUGACGGGCACAAAGACUGUGAGGACGGAUCUGAUGAACAACGCUGUGAUUUCGUGUCCUGUAAGAAGGAUGAGUUUGCCUGCCGCAGCAGGCUUUGUAUAUCUUCACAUUUACGCUGCAAUGGCGUGGAGGACUGUGGCGACGGCAGUGAUGAGGCGUCCUGCUUGAACUGCAGCAUCCCUGGGUCUUUCUCCUGCGGACCGUCUGACACCUGUCUGCCCAGAAACAAGCUGUGUGACGGGAGAACUGACUGCAAAGACGGGCGGGACGAGUCUCCACACAUGUGUGUUUUGCCUCGGCCACGCCCGCAGAAUUCUCCCGUGUGUGCGCCGUUUGAGUUUCAGUGUGGAGACGGGCACUGCAUCCGUCAGACCUGGAGGUGUGACCACUCCCCAGACUGCUCUGAUGGCAGCGAUGAGGACAACUGUGACCAGAAUGAAUGUCUGGUCGAUAAUGGAGGCUGCUCUCACCGGUGUGUGGACCAGCCGAUGGGUUUCCUCUGCGACUGUCCCAGCAACAUGAAGCUGAUCGGGGACAGCCAGUGUGAGGAGGUUGACCCAUGCCUGGAGAGCGAUGUGUGUGAUCAGCUGUGUGUUCACAUGAACGGCAGCCUCACAUGUGACUGUCAGGAGGAUUACCAGAGGAAUCAAAUAACGAGCGAGUGCAAAGCCAAAGGAGAAGAGGCUCAGCUGGUUUUCCCAUCUUCUCAAGGAAUACGAACGAUCAGCGUCACUGGCACGGAGCACAGGAGGCCGGCUCUAUAUUUACCAGGAUCGGGGCCGGUGGCGACUCUGGUCUCUAACCGAACUCUGUACUGGGCCCGGCCAGGACGAGGCUCUGUGUACAGGGUCUCUUUGGAUGGAAAUAAAAAGGAUUCGGUGUUGGUGUUGAAAGUUGAAGGAUCGGUGUCAGGCCUGGCUGUGGACUGGAUCCAUCAGCUCCUCUACUGGACCAGUAUGGAGAGCGGUUCUGUGAACGUUGGUCUGCUGGACGGUUCGGCUCAGCGUCCGCUCAUCACCGGACUGGACAGACCUUCAGCAGUGGCUGUGGAUCCUCUCCAAGGGCUGCUCUUGUGGGCUCAGUGUGGUAGCUCCCCACAAAUUGAGAGAUCGAGCUUGCAGGGUCGAGACAGGAAGCCUCUGGUCACUUCCUCAAUACGCUUCCCUGUCGCUCUCUCUCUAGAUAUGCCUCGUCAGCUGCUGUACUGGGUGGACCAGGGGAUGAGAAGCAUCUCCAGAGUAAAUCUAGAGGGCCGCCACCGAAAAACAGUGGUAGAGUCUAACGGUUAUCUGGACCGGCCCUUUGGACUUGCUGUGUUUGAGGGUUUUUUAUAUUGGAGUGAAGAAGUUACGCACUCCAUCUGCCGAGCCAACAAACACAAUGGCGGAAACCUCCAAGUUCUGCUGUCAAACGUCACCUCACCUGGGGGCGUGGUCAUCGUUCAGCCGGCCCUCCAACCAAACGGGCCGUCUGUAUGCAGGCAUGCUGGGACGGUGUGCCAACAGGAGUAUGUUGUCGACCUGCUGUCUCAGAGUCCACAGUUCAACUGCACUUGUUCGGAAAAAAAACAAAACGCGUCUCAAGAAAUUCCCGUAAUUUCGCGGACAGUCCCUGCAACAUCCGUAUCUGACCCUGCCUUUGCUGGGAUCCUCUCUCUUAUAAUGUUUCUCAGUGUGCUGCUGGGGGGAAUGGCUCUGUGGUGGUGGAGAGAGGAGUUCAGGCCGUCCCGGUCCCUCAUGGAGCAGAGCUUCUCCCUCAAAGAGUCCCAGGACCCCCUCAUCAUCCAGGGGCCACACAUGGGUCCAAACACACGUCUAGUCAAGGACACUCUGCUAAAGCGGGACAGAGACGCUGAAUGAAGACGGUGCGGGACAGAAGGCCAACUUCACGUGCCGCUGACGGAGCGACAGGAACACAAACCAGCUCAUCACCCCGUCCUGUUCCCGCCUCCGCAGGUUAAACUCUCAUGAGAUAAAUAACCCAGGGUUAAUUUCAAAGUUCAGAUGGGGACAGGCUUCAGGCUGUAACUCCUGUUUUGAGGAAUGUUACUUUCAGAAGUUGGCGUUGAUGACGUUUGUCUUUUUUCUAUUUCUCUGUGUGGAAAUGUGAAGACUUCAGAUUAGACAUGAACAUGAAAUAAUCAACUGUUUUGAUUAUUUAAGUCGUUGCUCGUUCCAGCUUCUGCUUUUCAAAUUUUUUCAAAGACAGUGCUCUAAAUAUAUUCAGGAUUUAGAUUAUUUGCUGAUCGGUUAAAAUAAUCAAAUAGCAGACUCUGCAUUUUUCAGUAUUUUCUCAAACAGUACAAACCAUUUAUUCACUGACUGUAAUAAUAAUAAUUGCAGUGCUACUGUAAAUGCAUAUCUUUUGUUUAAUUGCACUUUCUCUUUCAUCGUUUAUUUAAUCUUAUUCCAAUCACAACUCUAUUUUUAUAACAUUAAGGACGGUUUGUACUCUCCAAUAUGAAACGGCUAACUGAAAAGUGUUCCACUGGUUUGUUCCUGGCCUUUAGGAGUUCACUCUCUUUGUUUGUAAGUCAGAUAAAAGCAUUAUGGCAUUUUGAAUGUACGCUUUGUUCAGUGAACAGUCUAACUGGAUAGUUAAAUUGCUGUAGUAUGCUUAUCCACUUUCUUACCAAAACUUGGAUGAGAAGAUAGGUACCACUCUCCUGAACGGUAGUGAUCAUCUCGUUUAACUCUAUAAGAAAAGUGAAUUUAACUAUUCAGUUGAAGCUUGCAAAACUUUUGGUUGGUAAGGGUAACAUUUUGACCAUAAAAUCAGAUUAAGCCUCAUUGGACCUGCAGGUGGCGCAAAAAGGAGAGGUCAAAGGAUCGGCAAAUGUAGACAGAUCCAUCAUCUUGAGACCGUGAAUAUUUGAAAUAAAUAUCAUGGCGAUCCAGCAAAGAGUUGGUGAGAAAUCUUGAUCUCGCCCAUAAGGCUGCGUAAGAAAGUUUCCCUUUUUCCGAGCAGUAAAGUUUUGGAACAUUUAAUUUAGCCUUUGAUUCUCUUUUUUCUUUCAUCGAAUCUGUUAUCCUGUACCUUGCCUACAGUAACAUCGGACCGGAUGUGCCCUGAACUGCCUUUAACAUUUAUCAACAGUUCUAAAUGUGGCCUUGAUUGUUGAUGCAGCGUUGACGCACCAAUUAUUGGUGUAUUUUUUGGAGUCAAUUUAAUUUGAAGAGGCCUUUUUCAUUUAAAAACAAUAGAUCAGUGCAGUAGGUUUGAUUCUCAAAGGGGACAAUUGCAAUAAACACAUCUGGAUUUGUGACUUCGUUAAUAUUUUGGAUCAAAUCAUUAUGAGGUAGAGAUGUCCUCCUCACACUGUUUAAUUGUUAAUAAACUAAUGUGGUUUUUUUGGCUACGUCAACAAGAAAUGCCAAAAAAAAUUGACAUUAAUCUUUUUUUGUCUUCGAAUGUUGCACGAAAUGAUGUGCUGGUUCAACGGGAACAAAUAUGUGUUUUUGCUUUGUUUGGUUUGGUGUGAUGUAUCCUGGGUGUUGAGUGCACAGAGCCCGGCAAGAAGCUGUUGGAGUGAAUGUUUGGUUGAUCAACCUGCCUUGUUUGAAUUCAGUCAUUUUUUGUUGUUUUAGUCUCAGAGAAACGCACAAUUCUGUAUGAUCGAUAAUAUUCAUUCAGCAUUGAAUAAGAGAAAAUUCUUUAACUGUGCUCAAACUGCUGAGAUGUGUGGUUGGUAUUUAUUUUUAAAGUUGGAUUUUAUUUAUAUUUUGGUAGCAGUAGUUAGUGUAGCACUGACUUUGCACUAUAGAAAAACUGCUAGAUGUUGUAAAUGAAUAAAAUAAAGUAUUUUAUGU